CGCUAGAUCUUGAUCGAUAUGAUGUAACACUAGACUUUGAUAUAGACACGGGCAUACGCAAUUUUCUGAUUUUGACAUUCAUGAUGGAUUUUUUUCUGUUUUCACCACCGCUAUUGCAAUCUGCGGAAAAUGGAACUUGCCCGGAUAACCCUAACAAUAUUCCCCUUUAUUGGUGGAACGUUGGAGUAGCCUCUUUGUUUAUUUUCGUCAGCG